UAUUCGUUUCUGGGCUCUCGUGACGAGUUAGCGUGUAUCUCGUCGUUAGUUCGAUAAUCGCAGUAUACUUCGAAAAAGUCCAGAAAACUACCGAGCAACAUGAGGGAAAUCGUCCACAUUCAAGCUGGCCAGUGCGGUAACCAAAUUGGCGCAAAGUUUUGGGAAAUCAUCAGUGACGAGCAUGGCAUCGACCCAACCGGUACUUAUCAUGGUGACUCCGAUCUUCAAUUGGAAAGAAUCAACGUAUACUAUAAUGAAGCAUCUGGAGGAAAAUACGUACCACGUGCCAUCCUCGUCGAUUUGGAGCCAGGCACAAUGGAUUCUGUUCGCUCGGGACCUUUCGGUCAAAUAUUUAGACCAGAUAACUUCGUAUUUGGACAGUCUGGAGCUGGUAACAAUUGGGCAAAAGGUCAUUAUACCGAAGGCGCCGAAUUAGUAGACUCUGUCCUCGAUGUAGUCAGGAAAGAAGCCGAAAGCUGUGACUGCUUACAAGGUUUCCAAUUGACCCACUCUUUGGGCGGUGGUACCGGAUCCGGUAUGGGAACAUUGCUCAUCUCCAAAAUUCGCGAAGAAUAUCCUGAUAGAAUCAUGAAUACAUACUCCGUCGUACCGUCUCCUAAAGUAUCGGAUACCGUCGUAGAACCAUAUAAUGCAACACUUUCCGUACAUCAACUGGUAGAAAAUACAGAUGAAACUUACUGCAUUGAUAAUGAGGCCCUUUACGAUAUUUGCUUCCGCACUCUGAAAUUAUCUACGCCUACCUAUGGUGAUCUGAACCAUCUCGUUUCUCUUACGAUGUCUGGUGUUACUACUUGCCUGAGGUUCCCUGGUCAAUUGAACGCCGAUUUGAGAAAACUCGCUGUAAACAUGGUACCGUUCCCUCGUCUUCACUUCUUCAUGCCAGGUUUCGCACCACUCACAUCUCGUGGCAGUCAACAAUACAGAGCUCUCUCUGUACCCGAGCUAACUCAACAGAUGUUCGAUGCAAAGAAUAUGAUGGCGGCCUGCGAUCCUAGGCACGGAAGGUAUCUCACAGUAGCAGCCAUUUUCCGUGGCAGAAUGUCGAUGAAAGAAGUCGACGAGCAAAUGCUCAAUAUUCAGAACAAGAACAGCUCUUACUUCGUCGAGUGGAUCCCGAACAACGUAAAAACAGCUGUCUGCGACAUCCCACCUCGCGGUUUGAAGAUGUCCGCUACCUUUAUUGGCAACUCGACAGCUAUUCAAGAGCUGUUCAAACGAAUCUCCGAACAGUUCACUGCUAUGUUCAGGAGGAAAGCUUUCCUUCACUGGUACACCGGCGAGGGUAUGGACGAGAUGGAAUUCACCGAGGCCGAAUCAAACAUGAACGAUUUAGUUUCGGAAUAUCAGCAAUAUCAAGAAGCCACCGCAGACGAAGAUGCGGAAUUCGACGAGGAACAGGAAGCAGAAGUCGACGAAAAUUAAACGCCUAUUCUCUAUUCUACUCUACUUACUACCUACGAUUCAUCCCCUCAUCAUUGUCCCCUUCGCUCUCGUACUGCUUCUUAACUUUAUGCGUUUAUGUCUUUCUUUCCUAUUCC